AUGGAUGAGAAUGAGAAUCGCGCCUCUGGAUCAUCCGGCGCUGCGAUUACCAAGUUUGGCAAUCCAGUGCUAAAUCAACAAGUUUCAAUCGAGCAAAAGACAACUCGUAUGCCAAAGAACGAACUUAUUGAUUUAUUAUUCAAUGCGUUUGAGUUGUACGCAUAUUGGUCGCUAAUAGGAUUAAAGACUUAUGUCAAACAACCAGAGUCCUAUUUAGAAGAAGUUUUGAGCGAGAUCGCUACUUUAGAUAAAGAAGGAACGUACGGCAAUUUCUAUCAUUUGAAGCCCGAGUACAGUCGUCAGACUGCAACCCAUGAAUCUAUUGCUACAGUUGGAUCGACGUCAGGCAACUCGGGUGUGGAUGACGACACUGCUCUUGAAAAUAAUGACGAUGAUUGA